GCUUCUUCUAGCAAUGAUAGUCAAUUGCGGCGCCUCGAACAGAGAAGAUCAGAACUCCAUUAGAUACUUGAAAUUAGUUUAACGAAUAACACAAUUUAACCAAAAAUAAAAAAACAAUAACAAAAACAAAAACAAUGUGCUAUAAGAGUUUCAUUGUUUUAAUAAUAUAAUUACACGAAUUAAACUCAAGUUCGCGUCUUAAUUAUAAGUAUCUUCUAAUUAGCACCCACGAUCAAAGAAAAUAAAUUUAUCUGCCUUCAGAUGAUUUCGGCCAAGAAAAAAAUUAUAUUUCUCACGGCGGCUGUGGUGCUGGUUUUAGUUUUAGUUAUUUUGACAACCGUGAUAUUAAUUUCGAAAAAAUCCGAACGAUCUUCGAAAGACAAUGUCCUCGGCGUCGGCGGGAUCCAAAUUAUGUCCGAUGCCCCGAGUGCAGUGACCUCGAGCAGCUCGAAAAGGCACAACAUUAGUCGAGAUGCUGUUCGUGCCAUGCAAUCCGAAGUAAUGCAAAGCUUUAUUAACGAAUCCGUAGAUCCAUGUGAUGAUUUCUAUGAAUACGCGUGUGGUAACUGGGAGAAGCAUAAUCCCAUUCCAAAUGACAAGUGGCAAUAUUCAACAAUCCAAUUACUCCAUCACAAUCUUGAAAAUGAACUUAGGGAACUUUUGUCCGAACCAAUUAGUCAUGCAAAGCCGCCAAGUGCCAUGGACAAAACAAAGAUGUACUACAAAAAUUGUAUGGAUAAAGCGACAACUGUCAAACGCGGAGUAGAACCGCUUUUGAAGUAUAUCAAAGAUCUAGGUGGUUGGCCAGUGCUGGAUGAUGACUGGAAGGAGGAAAAUUUCGAUUGGCUGCAGUUGGCAAUUAAUUCUUCGUAUGUUGGAAAUGGUGUGAUAAUUUCUUAUGAAGUCGAAAAGAAUCCCACUGUCCCGACGGAAUACACAAUUUUCUUGGAACAAACCAGUUUGGGAAUGACAAAUCGGGAUAAUUUUUUGAAUCCAGAAAAUUCGAAGAAUCUUGAAGCUUACAGAAAACUUAUUGAAAACGUUCUUCUCAUGCUUGAUGUUAACGAGGAAAAAGCUAAGAAUGUCUCUCAAGAAAUUGUUGACUUUGAAGUCCUUCUUGCCAAUGCAACUCUCCCACCUGAAGCUACAAAAACACUGCCAUAUUUUCAACCUCCCGUUUCGUUGCUGAACAGUGCUUAUCCUUAUAUCGAUUGGAAUAGAUACAUAGCAGGAGUCCAACAAACCAAUGCAUCAGAAAUAAGCCAAAAUCAAACAGUUCUACUCCAACUUGGGGUGAAGUAUUACGAAAACCUCUACUAUGUUCUUUUGCAGACGGAAAAUGUAACCAUGGCCAAUUACAUGAUUUGGCGAUGUGUUCUUUUUGUAAUCGUAUCUUUAGAUGAUAACUUCCGAGGAGCUUGGGAUGAUUUUAACACCGCUGUAACUGGACAAGUCGAACCAAAUCCUCUGUGGAAAAUUUGUGUAAAUCAGAUUAACUGGAACAUGGGAAUGGCCACAUCGGGAAUGUUUAUUCGGAAGUACUUUGAUGAGUCUAGUAAGAACGAAACAGUCCAGCUUAUCAAUUCUCUCAAAGAGACCUUUGAUGAGAAUCUGCAGGAGUUGGAUUGGAUAGAUGCAGCUACAAAGGCCUAUGCCAGCAAAAAGGCCAAUGCAAUGAGAGUUGCCGCAGGUUAUCCGGAUUACAUUCGAUCUGAGAAAAUUCUCAAUAAACUUUACGAAGGAGUUGAAAUUUUAGAGGGAAAACACUUUGAAAACUGUUUGGCCAUAACAAAACACACUCGACGAAAGAGCCGAGAUCGGCUUUUCAAGCCAUUCGACAAAGACCACUGGUUUUUACCGCCCACAAUGGUGAAUGCACUUUACGAUACUGGCGCCAAUCGGAUUAUCAUACUGGCCGGUCUGCUGCAACCUCCAGUCUUUCACAAGUACUUUCCGCAAUCCCUGAAUUACGGAGCCAUUGGCAUGUUCAUGGGGCACGAACUGAUUCAUGGUUUUGAUGAUAUUGGCCGUAAGUUUGAUGUGAUGGGAAAUUCUCUAAAAUGGUGGAGCCCCGAAGCGAUUGCUGAAUUCGAAGAGAGGCAAAAAUGUUUCUUGGAACAAUACGAAAACUUUGCUAAACAAGAUCACACUUUUAAGAGCAUUGCAACAUUAAGUGAGAAUCUAGCAGAUAAUGGAGGGCUGCGACUUGCCUAUAAGGCCUAUCAAAAAUGGAAGAACUCAACAAAACUCGAUGAUGAAACUUUCCCAACGAUGAAAUUCAACGAAAAUCAAUUGUUCUUUCUUAGUUUUGCUCAAUUAUUUUGCUCUGCUCUGCGACCCGAGGCGUUGGUGGAAUCACGAAGCUAUGAAGCUCAUAGUCCUAGGAAAUAUCGAGUACUGGGGGUUCUUACAAAUUUUAAAGAAUUCUCUGAAGCUUAUGGAUGUCCUUUGAAGAGUGCAAUGAACCCAGUCAAGAAAUGCCGACUAUGGUAGGAAGGAGUUGCUGUGUGUGGUAUUUUUUUUUCUAGAGGACUUAUUAAUUUUAAGAUGGAAUU